CGGGUCUUCCUGUCGUGCAGCAGCGUCGCGCGCGACCUACAAUCGACACCACGGUUGCCGAGGAGGCGCGCAAGAGAUUGUCGCUCUCUUCGUCGGCCGCCAGCGAAAACCUGGCUCCUUUUCUUGAGAGAAGCCCAACUUUUGGAGUAGGAGUUGCGUCCACCAACCUUGGGGAAGAAGAAAUACUACAGGACUCGUCUUGGUCUACGGAGAGCCGCGUGAGUCUCGCUGCACUACGUCUUUCACAGCAAUAUUCGAACUUCCGUACGACCGCACCUGAGAAUCUCGAAGCAAUUAGCCGUCGAGGGUCGAUCGCGACUACAGUGCAGCUGGAGCACUUCCAUGCGCAGCGCAAUUCGAUAGACAGGCUUGUCUCCACACCUCGGGGCAGACUCAGCACGACCAGUUGCACCUCCGCAGGGUUCCUAGAGGAUACCAGACCGCGGAAGGACAGCAAGGCACAAGCUUCAGCGGACAGCCACAUCGACGCGACACCUCAUAAUUGUGUAGAAGAUUUCCUUGCGUCGAGCAGUGAGGAAACGACGAUCACCCCAGACAACAUCUCAGUACAACAACCAGCUUCGAAUUUGGUUGUGGGCAACUACGAGCUCCAACAAAUCUCUCGUAGACGUCUUGCUCUUCCUCUAGUACAUUUCGGGGAACAAGAGAGCACACCACCAAAGGAACAGAAACAGCUUCAAACUGAAGAAGUACUCCCGUCCACGACCGCCACAAUCGAAGAACCCAAACAAAAAGCCCUUAGUAAUCAAGUAAAAUCUGAAGCCGAAGCAGCUAAACAAGUAGAAGAUAUUAAAAUGUUUGGAGGUUUUGGAUCUAACCUAGUGCCUCAGGAGGAGGUGACCGAAGUGCCGGGAUGGCAGGCGAGCACGCACCUUCCCGUACUUGGGACCUCAACAGAACCGACCUCGGAGCCAGUUCUCUCGCUUAGAUGUAAGCUGUACAAGCAUGCCGCUGAUGAUCAGUCUUGGAGAGACAACGGGGUUGGCGAAGGACGCAUCUUCUGCGAGAAGGGUGCGGAUGGUCACUACACCUCAUUCUUCCAGAUGUUUCAGCAAACAACGGAGAAAUCGAUUCUGAACCUGCAGCUCUUCCCGACGAUGUGUAUAAUUGUUUUUUCAAUUUACUCCUACUCAAUAUAGCAUCUUAUAGUACUACCCUGACUGUUUUUAUAUUUAUUCACUACGACUUAUACACUGUCUGGCGUUUUUGUUUAUAGUUGCUUUAAUUUUUGGAAAAUGAUUACCGUAAUACAAUCGAAAUCUGUGGCUCUUUUGCUUUCUUAAGCAAUUUGAUACAACAAAUUUCUUACCAUAUUUCAGUUGUAUCGAAGAACGAGAACAAUCCGAAGACUGCUGUAUUUGCCGGAAUCACAGCAACGGGUGAAGAGAAGGUAUGUCUGAAAUUCAAGACGGAGGAACUAGCAGAGCAAUUCAGGGACUGCUUUGAUCGCUACAAGGAUGCAGCAAACGCAGGCCUCAAAUACACGGAUGCUGUUGGAACAGCAGAGGCCAGUGAUAGCGACUACGCCUCUGUUCUCGGUGGCGUUUCAAAGGAGGUACUUGCUUAUAUUUAGAGUUUAGUAGUAGAGGUAAACUAGUUUUAUGAACUGCAACUGACGAGUCAUCAUUUCCAUUCGCAAGUCAUUCUUCAUAUCUUUGGCACUCAAGAAGAUGAACGUUUGAAGAAAUAUGAAAGUGAGGGAACUACACCAGUAUAGUCAGCCGCGGCUCAAGCCCAUCUUCUUUCAGAUUCCUCCACUCUAAUUUUUUUCAGGCAACUGCAACAGCACCAGAGGAUGAGAAGGAAACGAGCAGCGGCGACACUUCUCCCACCGUGGAUCCAUCGACAUCUGCGCCUAAUGCCUCUCCGUUUGCCGGGUUGUUCUCCAACGCGCCUCCAAGUGGCGGCGGACUCUUUUCGAAUUCCACUUCGACAAACGGCGGCUUGAGUGGUCUCUUUGGCGGAGGAGCCACUACCAGCACAACGACCUCGUCUUCGGCCACGACGACCUCUGCAGCAGAGGCCGACGCGGCUGCGAGGGGAGCGCUGACGGGCGCGGCUAGGGCCGCCUUCAUCGAAAACGCACAGAAGACAGCGACCGCUGCACGCACGCGGGACGUCGAGCUCGUGGAGGAUAAAGAGGAAGUAUGGCACGUGCCGGGAUGGCGCCCGGACGAUGCCAAGGUGCUGGAGACAAAAACCGACCUGCAGACGGGCCAAGAGGCUGAAACAACGUUGUUCACUCAUCGCAGUAAGCUCUUUCGUUUUCGAGACGGGGACUGGAAGGAGAGAGGCUUAGGGGACUGCUUUCUGCUCGCCAAGCCUCUUGCGGAAGCUGCAGGCGUGGGUGUCAAACCGGGUGCCGCUUACGAAACGCGCUUUUUGAUGCGACAGGAGAAGACAGGCAAGGUGAAAGGUAACUCAUUGCUCGUUGACAUGGAGGGCUGCUGCAACAUCGCAUACCAGCUCGCCAGCAAAAAAGUGGUGCAAUGGUCGGCUCAGGACUGCUCCGAGGAGGACCCAGAGGCGACGACCUUUGGACUGCGCUUUGGCCAGGAGGCCACUGCGGCCAAGUUCAAGGAAAUUUUCGCCAAGUGCCGCGGCGGACUCACAGAGGCCGAGUUCGCUGAGCUCAAAGCCGAAGCCGACGAUGCGGACGAAAACAAGGGUGGAGACGGCGCAGACCAGAGUACUAAGGCAGCAGCUCCGAGCACCUUCGCAGCUGGAGAUGAUGCCUCCAAACAGAACAAGGCAGUGGCAGGCGACGACAAAAGCGCAGCGACACCAGCGCUUAGGACAGAGGGUUCCGCGGUAGAGCCAAGGACCGAAGUUUCCACAGGAGCAGUCGAGACCGCAGAAGUGGAGUCUGACGCGGCAUCCACUGUCGACACUGCACGUCAGAGCAAGGAAAACACGGACGGCGCAAAAGUUGAUUGCAAAAUCGCCGCUCUCGUGAGCCAGGAGAGCCUGAAUUUCAACUGCCCCAACAAUGCGGUGCCAGCUGCCAGUGUCGAUAUGCCCAUCGGCGGCCCAACACGCUUCGACGCUGCUCCAGAGGCGAACGGCUCGUCGGGUGGCG